UCCCCUCCCAUAUUUCCCCCCCAACGUUAGACGGUGUGACACCUAACCCAUCUCUCAACCUUCAUCUCUCUGCUAUAAAGAGAGGGCUUCGCAUGCCACCGAGCUGUAGCCCGGAGGUGGAGGGUGGGCUUGGUCUGGUGCAUGGCCAUUCCUUCUCUACUGCCUUAGACAACAGCUGGAGGAAGAUAACAUCUUCUCCACACACCAGAAUAGAUAUAGCCUCUUCUUCCUCCUCGUUUUCUUCGUUCUUCUUUUUCUUCGUUUCUUUCUUCUUCUUGAUCUCUAAAGCCGCCAUCGAUCAAUCCUAGCAUCCUUGCUGUUUUUCUUCCCCAAGGAUCUUGCUAGCUUCCUCUUGCAGAUUUCACUCAAAACUAAUACAAGUUCUUUCAACUUUUAACCUUCUCAGCAGUUCUCCUUUUAACUUCCUUUGCCCUUCAGCAAUCCCAACGAAAACCCGUCUUUCCUGAGCAAAAUAGCGCAGAGAGACCUAAAAACCUUUCCUCCUAGAUCAACAAGAUGGAAAACGUUCUCCUGGAUCGAUCGUCUGGAAGCUUUGAGUUCCCGAAGAGGUCCCUCGGCCGCAGCCGGCGGGGGCUCGCCGCGAGGCCGGCGGCGCCGGGCGGGGCGUACAGCUCCUUCCCGACGUACCAGCCGCCAUACAGUGGCGCGUGGACCUCCGCUCCAGCGCUUCCGUACGCGAGGCCUCCGAUAUACUCGUCGCCAUCUCUGCCUCUCCUACCGUCCAACCAACCGCCGCUGCUGCCGCUCCCACCCACCGCUACCAAGUACGCUACUUUCCCCUGCCUACCGGCGGCAGCUCCGCCUCCAUCACCACCGCCGGCGCCACGCGCGGCGGGCAGGGGUAGCGCAGGGGUAACUACCGCGGUUCCAGCAGCAGCAGCUCCAGCACCUGCGCGGCGCGAGAGGGACAGGAGGAGGAGGCCGGCAAGGCCGCCGCCGCCGCCGUCGACGGCGGAGGCGCCCAGGGCGCAGAAGAAGAAGCCACUGGAGCGGGCCACGCCUCUGCCGCCGGCGCCGGUGGUGACGGAGGCGCUGGACGACCUCGAGCGGGAGGUGGCCAGGAACUUCGUCCAGGACCUGCUGCACGCACUGGCACCGCCACCGAGCAGCCUGCCGCUGCCCAGGUUCUCCCUCGUCGCGAAAGCGUCCCCUGCCACGAGCCCCAGGGUGGUGGCGCCGGCCGCGCCGUCCUGCAACGUGGAGGCUGCCGCCGCCGACGGCAUCCACGGCCUCCUCCGCCUGUAGGAGAAGGCUUCGCUCUCCGCCGUGUUUGGUAUUCUAUAAUAUUUCCCUCCAAUAUUAUUUUUUUGGUUGGGAAAAUUAAAUGCGUACUAUAAAGGUAGAAAAAUAUUGGGAGAAAAGAUGUGAUGCUCGAGCCAUGGUCGGUCGAGUUGUCCGUAGUGUGACUGUGAUGGUGGCGUUGGAUGGAUGCUAUCUCUGGCGGUGCAAAAGCGAGAGGAAGAAGACGAUGUCAGCUAAGGUUUUAUUAGUUUGUGUGAGACGUCGUGUGGUAGAUAUCUAGGGUUUUACGUGAUGUCUACCGACGUAAGUACGUAACUGUGUGCGUAGUUCUGCUUUCUUGAUUGGGUGAUGGGUUUUUGAAUUACCUUGUAUCAAGAGAUUACUACAUAUAUAUGGUGUAUGCAAGCGUGACUUUACUUAUAUACAAAAAAUGUGUUCUUGAUAAA